UUACCGUAGCUUUAAUCCUCCUGUCUUGUGUCACCAAUGUUGUUUUCUUUAUCUUCGAUUUGUUUACCUUAUACAUCCACUUACUUAAAAGGUCUCACAACAUAUUGGACAUGUUAAAUAGUUCUUCACCUACAUACAGAUAAUCUUUUUUAAAUAUGCACUGAGUUAUUAUAACGUCUUUGAACAUUUUUAAAAAGAGUUUCGCUAUUUAUAAAACAGGAUUUUACGUGACCGCGGAUUCCUUAUUCAGGCCGACCGGUGUGUUGUGCACAGCUUGAGAAGUAUAAACAGUUACAUAUUUACGAAAUCAAUUAUAUUGAAAUAGUAAUUCAACGAAGAAACAGGAUUACAUCAACAUUUGAACGGACAGACUUUUUAUAUACUACAGUUUCGGGAUUAUUUGAACUUUUGAUUUGCACAUUUCACUACUAUCUAAUUGCAAAUCAAAUAUCGUGUACAGUUUAUACCGUUACCUGUAAAAUUGAUUGUUCGAAUCAGUGCAGACGUUUAAGUCAGACAAAUUAUGAUUGUCCGAUUUACUUAAGGCGAAAAGAUACAAGAUAAAUUAUUGUUAUUUAAUUUCUCAGUGGUCACUACAUUUGAUAAAUUUGAUAAUGAGGAUAAUUUCAAUAAUAGUUUUAUAGCAUCUUUUGAUAGCUAUCAAUUACGGGGAUUCCCACGAUCGUUAGCUUAUUAAACUUUAUCAUCAGUGGCUAAUGAUAGCAAUUGGAAAAUCCUGUUGUUGUUCUGCAGUACACAUGACACGCGAUAGGCUGUUUGUUUUUAAAAUGGCAGACGACUUAGACGGUGGGAUGCAUAGAGAGAAUAUUUCUAUUCUUCAUUCUCCAAAAAAGUUUUAUAAAAAUGAAAAAUCAUUAAAUGGAUUAAAUAAUGUAUUAAAUGAAGAAAGUGUCAAAUGUGCUGUUCCGCAAAAUGAUAUAGAAAUUGUGAUAGAAACUGGUGGUAAACUUACAUCAAAACUUAAAGGCGCAAAAAUAAAUCGUCUGCCAAAAUUGUAUAAACCACGGGACUUAUUGUUUUCCAUAUUUUCAACGUGUUUAUUUGUUGCCGAUUUCGUAUCUGAUAUUUUGUUAGCCUUGCAAUAUUACAAUGAAUCAAAUAUUUUAUUAUUUCAAUUGACCGUUUCGUUUAUUGUUGUUCCGUCCAUAUUUUCAUUUAUAAUAAACUGUGUUUGGAAUUACAUGGUUUAUGUUGAAGAAUCGGAAAAGAAAGAAUUGGAAAUAAGGAUUCCGAAGAAACUAUUAUUUUUGAGAAUUUUCUUCUCUCUAAUACAACUAGGUAGAUUAUUCAGAAAUGUGGAAUACAUGCAUUACAUGAUUUUAAGCUGGAGAUGGAAAGGUACAGAUUUAGAAACAAGAGUAAGAUUACGAGCUAUGGAGGAAAAACGAGAUGCCUGCAUUCUUGGACUUGUUGAUGGUUUCCUGGAAUCGGCAAUGCAGCUCCUCUUGCAGCUUUACUUGGCAUUUUAUCACAAUCUUCCUGCUACAUUUUUACGAGUUGUUACAUUAUCUCUGUCACUGGCAAGCACGUCAUGGAUUCACACAGCUUACUACAGACACAGCAGAAACAUAGUCAUUACCAAGCAUAAAAUGGGAAUUCGGAUUUCGUUUGUUUACUGGUUGUGUGUUUUAGCAGAACUGUCUCCACGAUUUUUACUUCUGGCAUCCUUUGGAGCCUAUUUUAUGCCAUGGUGCUUUAUUUUACCAGCGGCACAUUUUUUACUGAUGAUGACUGUUCACAUGUACACCAAUCCUGAACUUUAUGGGAUGUGCUGCUGUAAAGCAGGGAAAUUCCUGUUUCUUAUUUUAUGCAGCUAUAUCAACAUUUUUUGUUUUAUAAACGUUACCGGUGGAAGAACCUUUAAAAAGCGUUUGAUGUUUUACAUUUUGUUUUAUAUAGAAAAUAUUAUUAUGGUGGCCUUAGCGUGGUACAAGACACAAAUGCACCAAUCAUACUUGGUCUAUACUUUACUAAUCGCGCCCACGGGCUUCGUUUGUCAUAUGUUGUUUUUACUGUUGUAUUACAAAUUAUUUCACCCAAAUAACAGAACAUAUUUAUAAAAAAAAUGAAUGAC